AUGCCCGACGUUCAGCCGACUACCGUGUCUGUGGAAAAUCCUCAGUCAUACGAAGAUACGCACGUACACGCUGUCUAUGACGAGAUUGCGCCGCACUUUGCAUCGACGCGCUACAAGCCGUGGCCUAUCAUUGCCGCUUUCCUUGCUUCUCUGCCUACAGGAUGGAUUGGCGUUGAUUUAGGCACUGGGAAUGGCAAAUAUCUUCCCCUGCCUGCGGACCGGCCAGGUAGUGUCUGGACCAUUGGGUACGACAGGAGUAUCAACCUGCUCAAAAUCGCCAAGCGAGCAGGCGAUGUCGACCGCGAGGUCGUCUUGGGAGAUGUUCUGGACAACCCCUGGCGUAAGGGUGCCUUUGACUAUGCUAUCUCAAUAGCCACCAUACACCAUCUAGCCACCCCCGCAAGACGAAAACUCGCCGUUCAAAGGCUACUCCAGACAAUAUCUCCUUCGCAUGGACGUGGCCUGAUCUACGUCUGGGCGAUCGAACAAGACGACCUUUCAAAACGCAGCAUACCGACGUGUCCGAAUCCCAAAGACUCACGGUUUGACAUAUUCACCCUGAUAAACAAGGGCCAGGACGUAUUUGUCCCUUGGGUGCUGGCGCAACAGGCAGACCCCAAGCCGAAGGGUCGGAAAGGGAAGAAGACGCAUGCCAUUUCGUCAGAAGAAUCUGAGCCCGCACCGACAGCACCUAGUUCUCCUCCCAAAGUCUUCGAGAGAUACUACCAUAUGUUCGCACAUGGAGAGUUAACCGACUUGGUCACAGAGGCAGCGUUGGAGACGGGGCUGGUAAUAGGACAGCCUCCUGAGGCUAUUGUUCCAGGUCGGAAGAUUCAAGGUGUGCAAAUUGUCCAGGAUGGCUGGGAGAGGUCGAAUUACUAUGUAGAGGUGCAUCGUUGGGAACUAUGA